AUGAAAGGUUCAAACGCAAACAAAAAUGCAAUUUACUGGUUCAGAAAGGCACUUAGAUUGCACGACAAUCCAAGCCUUAUGCACUGCUUAAAAAACAGUCGUCUGAUAUAUCCAAUCUUUAUCCUUGAUCCGCAUUUUGUUAAAUCAGGCAAUGUAGGUCCGAACCGAUGGAGAUUUCUAUUCUAAUCCUUAAGAGACCUAGACAAUUCUUUGAAGAAACUAAACUCCCGUUUAAUAUUACUUCAAGGAAAACCGGAAACAAUACUAGUUGAAAAGUUCAAAGAUUGGAAAAUCGAGCUUCUCUGCUUCGAAAGUGACACAUAACCUUACUCAAUGUAUCGGGAUAGUUGUGUUAAAGGAACCUGCAAAGAUUUGGGGAUUGAAGUCUUCACUUCUUCAUCACAUACGCUUUACGAUAUGAACAGUCUCUUUAAUUAUAAUGGAAAAACCCUUACAAAGUCUUAUGGAUCAUUUAUGAAGCUGAUAGAAAAGUAUGGACCACCAUAGACACCGAUCCCAGCUCCAAGCAUCGAUGAUUUCGCGAAGAAGCAUCCUAAUGUAGACGACUAAGCAUUUACUAUCCCUGAUUUAUAAGUGCUAGGAAUAGAUUAAAACAAUGAUUGCGGCCCCUUGCUUUAUCCUGGAGGAGAAACUUAGGCAAUUAAACGAAUGGAAAAGUAUAUUGCCAAUAAAAAAUACAUCUGCGAGUUCGAAAAGCCAAAUACAAGUCCUAAUUCUCUGAAACCUUCAACUACUGUACUGAGUCCUUACCUGAAAUUUGGAAAUUUAAGCUGUAGAUUAUUCUAUUACAAGCUUAAAUAAGUCUACAAAUAGAUGAAAAAGCAUUCAUUACCACCUGUAUCUCUUGAAGGCCAACUGUUAUGGAGAGAGUUUUUCUAUUUUAAUGGUGCCUUUACACCAAAUUUUGAUAAAAUCGAAGGGAACGCUAUAUGCAAGCAAAUUAAAUGGGACAAAAAUGACGCAUAUCUUGAAGCAUGGAAAAAUGGCAAAACUGGAUAUCCAUUCAUAGAUGCAAUCAUGAUCCAACUUCGAUAGGAAGGAUGGAUUCAUCAUCUAGCUCGCCAUGCGGUGGCUUGCUUUUUGACAAGAGGCGACCUUUACAUCUCUUGGGAAAGGGGAAAAUAAGUCUUUGAAUAUCUCCUUCUAGAUGCUGAUUGGAGCUUGAAUGCAGCUAAUUGGAUGUGGUUGUCAUCUUCUUCAUUCUUCUAUCAAUAUUUUAGAGUAUAUUCACCGAUAUCCUUUGGGAAGAAGACCGACCCUAACGGAGAUUACAUCAAAAAGUAUAUUCCGGUUUUAGCCAAAUUUCCUCCUAAAUACAUUUUUUAACCCUGGAAAGCUCCUUUACAAGUUCAGCACGAGGCCAAAUGUAUAAUUGGAGUUGACUAUCCUAACCCGAUUGUUGAUCAUGCAGUUGCUAGUAAGAGCAAUAUGGAAAAGAUGAAAAAAUAUUUCGGUAAAUAA